AUGUAUCGAGUCUCCGCGUCACCGCAACGACUUUUGUGUGGAUUCAGCUUAACCUUUUUGUGUCGCUCCAAUGUCUCCUUGCUCAUUCCCUUCCGACUUCUCAUGAUGGUCGUGCACUUCACCGCCCUCGUGUGUGUGUCAGACGGGAGUGAUGCGAUGAUCCGAGGCGGUUCUUUACCCUCCAACUACAUGGAGAGUGAAUAUAGAUUUCUGCGCCGCGCAACAGAUGGCUUUCUGGCUGGGAGCUUUCUGUGCCUGUUCUUCAAUGUUUGGGGCGUGGUGACGGCUCGUACGCUCCGUUCGGGUUUGUUGAACAUCAUGCAUGGCUGCUUUCACGCUGCCGCAGCUGUGCUAUUGAUCGUCGCCUGGCACAUGCAAGAACGGGCUGAGCGCAUCUGGCAUGUAUUCUACAUAUUCAGCGUUAUCCCAACGGGGCUGGAGGCGAUUGCUUUGUGCGAGUCCUACUGUCGUGGCACGGACAACUUUUUUUAA